UUUUUUUUUUUCCUUUUGUGGGGGGAUUGUAAAAUUGUGUUCAAAUCGCGUAAAAUUUUUCUUCUCGAUUGCGAUUCGGGUUGGAAAUCAAUUAUCCACGUAAAAUCAGCCAACCGGAGGUUGAAACUGGUAUUUAUUAAUGGGCUAACAGUUCUUUCACCAUCUCCCCAAGGCAUACAACCAUUUCCUCGUUACUGGUACAGAACAAGUGUUUGUGUCAUUGUUGUGCUUUUCAAGCCAUUGAAUUUGCUGCAAUGGCAAUUGCCUUCUUUCCUACCAUGAUUUUGCUUUCCCAACUCCUCUACUUCCUUUCUGUUACUAUCUUUUUCGCACUGGGAACUUGUCAAAAUUCUUCUCCUCCUCUAACAAGUUUCUCUGAGAAAAACACCAACCCUUUACCGAUCGAAACCAUUUUCAAGCUUCCUUCUCCAUUGCCCACUUGGCCAACUGGUGGAGGUUUCGCAAGCGGGAAGAUCGAUCUAGGAGGAUUAGAAGUGUGUCAAAUCUCAUCUUUCACCAAAAUCUGGGCAACGCGUGAAGGCGGACCGAAUAAUCUUGGAGCAACAUUUUUCGACCCGUCCCAGAUACCAGAAGGGUUCUUCAUGCUUGGUUCCUAUGCCCAACCGAACGACAAGGCUCUGUUCGGUGGGGUUUUGGCCGGAAAAGAUACCACAGGUGACCCAUCAAAUGGGACUCUAAAGCAGCCAACUGACUACACUCUUGUUUGGAGCAGUGAGUCUGCCAACAUUGCCCAAGAUGGCAAUGGCUAUAUCUGGCUCCCAACUCCUCCCGACGGCUAUAAGGCCGUCGGUCAUGUUGUGACUAACUCGCCUGAUAAACCUUCCCUUGACAAAGUCCGGUGUGUUCGGUCUGAUUUCACGGAUCCAUCCGAAAACGAUGCGUGGAUUUGGGGUAAAGAUAACGGGAUCAAUGUAUACGGUUUUAGGCCGAGUACCAGAGGGGUUCAAGCUCUAGGGGUCCCUAUCGGUACUUUUUUGGCUUUAAAUUCUGGGGCUGUUACGGCAUCCCUACCUUGUUUGAAGAAUGUGAAGGCUAAUUUGUCUUCAAUGCCAAACCCUAGCCAAGUUCAGGCAUUGAUCCAAUCUUACUCUCCUUGGAUUUAUCUUCAUCCAGAUGAAGAGUACCUCCCUUCUUCAGUGAGCUGGUUUUUCAGGAAUGGGGCACUUCUGUACAAGAAAGGAGACGAAUCGAAUCCGGUUUCUAUCGACCCCCUGGGCUCGAACCUACCACAAGACGGCUCGAAUGACGGUGCCUACUGGUUGGACCUCCCGAGCGAUCAAGCAGCCAAACAACAGGUCAAGAAAGGGAAUUUAACAGAUGCAGGGGUUUACUUGCAUGUAAAACCCAUGCUCGGCGCGACAGUCACCGAUGUUGCCGUAUGGGUAUUCUAUCCGUUCAACGGGGCAGCAAAGGCUAAACUCGAGAUAGUUAAUGUCUCUUUAGGAAAAAUUGGGGAGCACAUUGGCGAUUGGGAACAUUUGACGCUGAGGGUAAGCAAUUUUAACGGAGAGUUAACCAGCGUUUACUUUUCGCAGCACAGUGGAGGAAUAUGGCUGAGCGCAUCAGAGCUCGAGUUUCAAGGAGGUAACAAGCCGGUUACCUAUUCCGCGUUACAUAGUCAUGCCUUUAGUCCCAUGGCAGGAUUUGUAUUGGACGGGUCUGGAGGGAUAGGUAUAAGGAUGGACACGGCGAAGGGUGAGGCGGUGAUGGACACCGGGGCGAGGUUUUUGGAGGUGGCAGCGGAGUAUUUUGAUUCAGCGGUGGUUGAACCACCAUGGUUGAACUAUACCAGGGAAUGGGGCCCAAAAAUUGACUAUAACGUUGUAGAUGAAACCAAUAAAGUGGCGAAAGUGUUGCCAUGGUUUUUGAGACAGAAGUUUAGAAAAUUCGUUAGUAGUCUUCCCAAUGAAGUGUUAGGUGAAGAAGGGCCUACCGGUCCAAAAAUGAAAGAUAGCUGGAGUGGAGAUGAAAGGACAUGAUUCAUUAUUAUUAUGAAACAUUUGGCAUCCUAGGUUGUA